AUGGGCAAAGAGGUUAUUGUAGAGAAAGUAUCUGGUUCACAGAUUGUGGACAUUGACAAGCGAAAGUAUCUGGUCCCAUCUGACAUUACAGUGGCUCAGUUCAUGUGGAUCAUCAGAAAGCGGAUCCAGCUGCCUUCUGAAAAAGCCAUAUUCCUUUUUGUGGACAAAACUGUCCCUCAGUCCAGUCUGACUAUGGGGCAGCUCUACGAAAAAGAAAAAGAUGAGGACGGCUUUUUGUACGUGGCCUACAGUGGAGAAAACACGUUUGGAUAUUAGGAUCCCUGCAUCAUCCCAGGCUGUGCAACACAUCACUCCCGUUUCUUUUGGACUCGCUCGAUUGUUCUGCGGUUGGAAACAGGAUCGACUCA